UUCUUUGAUGCGCCUCUCGUUUCGUUCUCUAUGGAUGUACAAGUGGACAAUGUCGAGCUCACUGUACGUGCAUUUAGUAUCGACGACAAUGUCAGCCCCAUGCUGAAAAGGGACGAUGUACUGCUCAUGAGAGGAACGACCACUAUUAAGUCUGGAAGAUAAUACCAGAAGCAGUGCAAUGGAAUCAGAGAGCAGAAGGAUCGCAGACACCAUAGACUCAUUCUCAGCGACAUCUCGAUGGUACAGAACAGCGGUUACAUGAACGUGAUUACAGGCGUCAGGAGUUCAGAUGGGAGUUUGAAGACUGACGGUUUAAAUGAGGCACAGGUUCCAGAAGAAAAGGUUUCCGACGCACUUGCAACUGAGACGGCAUCUAUGUUCGCCAAUCGCAUCAAUGACGAACUGUUUGUGCUGUAUGAACCAUCGUAUGGACCUUACGACAUGGAGAUAAUAUUUGUGCACGACCUAUAUACCCAAGGCUCUAGAGAUGCGUGGAGGACGACAUGGACCAACGACGAUGGCACAUGCUGGCCGAGAGAAUUCUUGGGAAAAAAGUUCCCAAGAGCUCGUAUAUUAUCGGUGUCUUAUGAUGCUUGUGUGAUUACGAAUAGUACCCAGGGCCGAAUGAAUUCCUUAUUCAUCAUUACAGAAAAUCUGAUGGUCAACUUUUUCCUUCCAAGAAGCAAGGUUGGGUUGACAUCCAACUGCCCAGUUUUGUUCGUCGGGCAUGGUCUGGGAUGCUUCGUCAUUAAGAAUCUGAUGAUCAAAGCGAGUGAACAAUUUGCGGAGAACGAAGAAAAAAGGAGGAAAUUUUUGGAAAACGUAGGCGGCUUUGUGUUCUAUUCUCCUUUCAACUCCGGAGUCAAAUGGGAUCUGUAUGCCAAUGAGUCUGGUCAAAGUAAUACACUGACGGACUGCUUAAGACCACACAGCGCAGAACUCAGUCGACUCAAUGAAGCUUUCGCAAGCCUUCGACGCCGUAUGAAGGAGAGGCGAAAAUCGAGGUUUUUGUGGACGGUUUUGACUAUCUGCGAGUCACAUCAAACAUCAUCAAGAAAGCCUGGCAGUUUGCAAAGAUCAGGAACCUUUGUUACAGAGGGAACGGCCAGAUUCGACUGCGAAUUGUUCCGGUAUGGAGUUGGCGACCAUUUUAAUGUCUGCAAACAUCAGUCAACAGCAAACGUUAAUUAUCAAUGCAUGGAAGAUUGGUUGGAUUCUAUCCUGACGAAUAGUAGAAAGCCUAGUCGCAACUCCAUGCCCAACUUUGAUCCGACAGCUGAAAAUUUCAAGGCAAUUCUUCCCCGGAAGCUGUUCUUGAAAUUAUUUCCUAAGAAAAACCCUUUCUACGAAUACGCGGCCUUCAUUGAGGCUGCUGUGACAUUUGUCCCACAAGGAUUUGGUGUCGAUGUAUCCGAGGAUGACCAGAAAAGGGAGAUCGCAGCUCUUCUUGCCCAUUUUGACCAUGAAAGCUGUGGACUGCGACACAAGGAGCAAUGUUGCCCGCCAAGCACACACUGUCCAGAGGGUCCUUGUCAUCCAUGCAAAAGCUAUCACGGUCGAGGGCCAUUGCAGCUGUGCGGGAACCACACCUAUAAACUGUGCGGCGAAGGUAUAGGUGAUGACAGCCUCUUGUCCUUUCCUGAAAAGAUAUCACAAGAUCCCGUUAUUGCAUUCAAAUCAGCUCUCUGGUUCUGGUGUACGCCCCAGUGGAACAAGCCAUCCUGCCAUUCUGUCAUGACUGGAAAAUGGACUCCAACAUCUACGGAUGUCGAGGCCAGCAGGCUGCCAGGUUUUGGACUGACGAUCAACAUAAUCAAUAGAAUUGAUUAUGUUGAAAGAGAUUCAGCUCAUGCUCGUGUGGAGAAGUAUAAAUUUUUUUGUGAGCGUUUGGCCGUCCACCCAGGAGAAAACAUAGAUUGCAGAUAUCAGAAGCCCUUUCUAUAAGUCGGAGCACGUGCAAGGAGUGAGGAAACAAUCGUCUGACUAGAAAAAUCAACAUAUAGAAGUAGAAAUCUCUCUGGAGAUGGCGCUUUCGUGAAAGGAUUGGAGGCGAAGAACAGUGUUUUAUUACCAAGAUGAAGGUCUGUUGUGUUUUAUGGAUUUAGUGACCGCGUCCUAGAUCCAGUUGUCAUACGUGUAUGCGGCCAAUGCAACCUUCGAAGUCCGACCCGCCAUCGAAUUUGGAGGCUGUUCGAGAAUUGUGUUCAAGAUGUCAGAAUAACGUCUGCGGAUGUUCGAAAUCGAAAUUCGAGAUCUUUAGAGAUAAAGAGAUGAAAUUUUCACUCAUGAUAGAUAUAUAUAUAUAUAUAUAUAUACUUACUUCUAGAGAUUUCUAGACAUAUAUAAUUGAUUCUCUGGUUACAUAUAUAUGUAUAUAUAUAACCAGUUGGAUGGAGCUACCAUCCCGAUUAUUGAUAUGCAAUGUUGUGGAUAGGGUCAUUGGAUUGAGGUUACAAGGAAUAAUGAGACACCAUUGAUUCCGAUGGCGCCACAGUUAUUUUAAGACUCAAUUUCAGCUCGUAGACGCGAUGAUUCUUAAAAGAGAGAGAAAAGGGUCACACUAGUUAAUGUUGAUUUGUGUCAAUACGA